AUGAAAAGACAGGUGUCGAACAAAUGUGGCCAAAAAAAUAGUUGCCGCGAGAAUGAACCUUGUUUCUUAUCAUCCAAUGGACCAAGUUGUGAUAAGCACGACUCGAAAUGGGCGCUAAGUCCUGAAUCAUUUCCUCCAAUCAUCUAUUUUGGCAAUAAACUGGCUAACCAGGAGAACAACACGUGUGAGAGUUUUAAUUAUUCCAAAUGGGAAGAUGCAGACAUAGAUUGGCUACUUGAAUAUUUUUAUAAAAAUUGGUUGCCUCCAUCUGCCAGAUACAACUUGCCUGUCGGUAGUUUCGUUCAACCACUAAAUUAUCUGGGAAGUUGCUCCGGAAGUAAGUUAGAAAAUUCUGGGUUACCGAGUUUAUAUUGUUCACCUGAUCAAAAUAAAUGCGUCAAAAAAUUGGAGGCAUCGAGUACUUGUGAUUCAUCAAAUCAGUGUAAAAGCACAAGGUGUGGAAUUAUGAAUGCAACUUCAUAUCUGGAUGGUAAGAGUAAGCCAAACAACGUUUUGUUAUGUAUGGAUAGUGACGCAGGUGCACUUUUGACUAACAAUGGAACAAGAAGAUCAUUUUUACCUAAUGAUUUAGGGACCACUAGUGGUACUAGUGGUAACAAUAGCUCUUAUGGUACGGGUCAAAUGAUUGUAGUGGUAGUAGCGAUAGUGAUCAUUUUUGUAGCAAUGUCACUCUGUUGUUACGCUAGAAAAAUAUUUAACAAACGAGGAAAUAAUGUGAUGUCCAUCGAUCCUCUCUCUGUUGAGGGGAACAGUUUAAGUGGACGCGUACGUAGGGGCGCGUCAAUCUUGCUAAGUCGAAACGAAUCAUUGAAUAGAAGCAAUAGCGUACGCACAUUGCCACCAUAUUCCGCGGUCGCCGAAGAAGUAACUUAUCAACCAGGAAUCGUGUCAUCUAUAGUUAAUUAUUUCUUUCCGCCUGGAGAGUUGCCACCUCCUUAUGAAUCAGUCCAAUCGGUAGAGAAUAUUAGGCACAUGUCAAACGAUGAUGGAAAUUUACAACAAAAUCCCACAUUACAAUCUUCCGCAGAGAAUACUGGCGGAGAAACUGUUCCUGAAAGUGAUGUAGUCGAGUCGGUCGUGAAAUUGAACGUGAGAGAUGAUGUGACGUUUGAAGAGGUAAAUAUAAUGACACCGUCAAGUUCAACAUUGCCUCCGGGUGCUAGUGGAGGUGUUGCAACAGAACUGCACACCUUACCCGAGAUACAAAAUGUUGAUGAAGAUGAUAUUUUUGUUACACGUGAGAGGCGAGAAUCUGAAAUUGGACUGACAGAGGCGCAUGAUGAUGACCAGGAUCAGUUAGAUGAGCAUGUAUAG